AUGGAUCACAUAGCUUUGAUGUUUGAGCAAGAGGGUUGCAACAAAGAUGAUUGGACCUUUAUCAGUGACAGGAUGAAGGGAGUUGACUUGGCAGUGAGAGAUACUUUUCCUAGAGCUACUAGGAGAGUUUGCUGCCAACACUUGUACAUGAAUUGCAAAAACAAUGGAUUUAGUGGAUCUGCUUUCUUCAAACUGUUUUGGAUAGCUGCAAAUGCACACAAUGAGUAUGUGUAUGGUAAAGCAUUAGAGAAGAUCACUGCUCAUGAUCCAAAUGCUGCUGCAUACUUGGACACAUGCCAGGAGCAGUGGUCCAGGCAUAUGUUUGACCCUGCUAGACAUGCCUGUAUUCUCAUUGUUGGAAGAAAGUGGUGUAUGGAGAGGGUUGGGGCAAGAUUUGACAUGGCAAUUGAUAUGGAGGAUGGUCAGUUGACUGAGUAUGCCAAGAAAGAGGUGGAUGAAAGAACAGGAGAGUCUAGGUUCUGCUAUGCUACAGCCUGUGGUGGGGGGGAAUUUGAGGUCAGAGAUGCACAUGUGAACUUCCCCAUCAGGUUAUCAACUAGAAGCUGUGGGUGUGGGAAGUGGCAAAUUUCUGGAAUCCCCUGCAAGCAUGCACUCGGGGUGAUUUAUGACCAAAGGCUGAACCCCAUUGAUUUUGUCUCCCCAUUCUUCAAGUCUGCUGCAUACAAGCUUACAUAUGCAGACCAUAUUCACCCCAUGUCAGACCCAACACAGUGGCCUGACUUUUCUCUCCCUACCAUUCAGCCUCCAGUCAUCAAAAGACAAGCUGGCAGACCUGCUAAGAAGAGAAAGAGAGGACCAAAUGAACCCAGGAAGGGGAAGAGGAACAACAAUGUGAAAUGUGGAAAGUGCAGGGAGUUUGGUCAUAACUCAAGGACAUGUAAGAAUGGAGGACCAAGCACUGGACCAAGCACUUCAGCAGCAGCAGGAGCAAGUACAUCACAAGGGGGUCCAAGGAGGAGGAAAAGAGCAAACACAUCAACUUAA